AUGAAUACCGGUUCAGGUCUAAAUUUGCUUUCGCUUGAUUUUAUUUCUCUUAUUUUGGCUAUAAUAUUAUGUCCAAAAGAUGUACAUGCCGAUGGUGUUUUAGGAUGUGGCGGAUUUGUAAGAUCUGAUGUCGACAUUAACUUUUCCUUGGUUGAGGUAAAACUGUACACACCUCAUGGCAGCAUAAAGUAUCAAACAGACUGUGCCCCAAACACAGGAUACUACCUCAUACCUCUGUACGAGAAGGGAGACUUUGUCCUCAAGGUGGAGCCACCAGCAGGAUGGAGUUUUGAACCUGAAAGUGUGCCACUGAAAGUAGAUGGCAGCACUGAUCACUGCAGUCUGGGUGAGGACAUCAACUUUCGCUUUACCGGCUUUUCUAUCACUGGAAAGGUUGUGAGUAAGGGUCAGGACAAUGGACCUACUGGGAUCAAUGUUAUUUUGAGAAAGCAGGGGUCCACCGAAACACUUCGGACAGCUGUUACUGCAGAGGAUGGAAAGUAUACAUUUGCUGGGGUGUUACCAGGAGAGUAUGAAGUGAAAGCAACACAGUCUGAAAACUUCAGCUUCCUACAGGCUGAUGCUAAAGUGACUGUUACCAAUGACAAUGCCAACACUGGUAACAGUAUUGUGAUAGCUGGAUAUAAAGUAAAGGGAGCGGUUCAGAGUGAGGGAGAACCAAUCAAGGGAGUUAACUUUGUUCUGUUUUCCUCCAGUUUUAAGAAAGAGGACAUCAGUGGAUGUGAGAAGGGGCCCCUAAAAGGAUUCACCACAACUGACAACAAUUCGCCUCUCUGUUACAUAUCAUCCAAAGCCGACGGGAGUUUCACCUUUCCAGCACUACCUGUUGGGAAUUUCUACAUUGUUCCAUUCUACAAAGGAGAACACAUCAGAUUUGAUGUUUUACCAGGGAGACUGGACAUACAGGUCCAACAUGGACCAGUCACUCUCAAGGAUAUAUUCCAAGUGGAGGGCUUCUCUGUCAGUGGUCGAGUCCUUAACAAAGCAGGGGGUGCAGGUGUGUCAGGUGCAUCAGUGCUGGUGGACGGGAAAGCAGUGUCACGGACAGAAGCUGAUGGAAUGUACCAUCUAGAGAACAUGAAGACAGGGACCUACCGUCUCCAGAUCCAGACCGAUAACAUCUACUUUGAUGAUGUCAGUGUCAAAAUUACACCCAACACUCCGAAUCUCCCAGACAUUGUGGCCUCAGAUUUUAAGAUGUGUGGCAAGAUUGUGAUCAGCCAGCUCCCAGAUUCUCUGAGACAGGUUGCCAGUCACCGACGAAUCAUUAUCAUCCCACAAAACAAAAACAUGGAUGCUUCCUCUGCUAAGGCCGAUGUGGAUGGAAACUUUUGUGCCAAGGUCAAACCUGGCAGCCAUGUUGUACAGGUGCACUUGACUGAAGAAGAGAAAACAGCUGGUCUAUCCAUUGUCCCAAGUGAAAAGACUGUCACUAUCACAGACAAACCAGUAAUGGAUGUCAUCUUCUCACAGUUCCAAGCGAAGGUCACUGGUACCGUGAUAUGUUUAGAAAAGUGUGGCCCCGUGGAAAUUUCUUUAGAAAGUGACCGACGUGGUGAAGUGAAGCAGAUAACACAGGUAAAAGAAGCUACCAGAGGAGGAACAUUCCAGUUUGAUAAUGUCUUACCUGGAAAAUACAAAGUGACAUUGCUACAGGACAGCUGGUGUUGGAAGGAGAAGACACUGGAUGUGGAGGUGGCUAGCGCUGAUCUGUCUGGGAUCGAGUUCACACAGACCGGCUACAUUCUCAAAUGUAGUAUCUCUCAUGAAAUCAAACUGGAUUUUGCACAUGAAAAGAAGGAGGGAACUGUUGGGUCGUUCCAGCUAAACAAGGGUACAAAUCGAUUCUGUCUGGCUCAGCCUGGCGUGUAUCGUCUCACCCCGGACUCCUGUCAUCAAUUUGACAAGGAUGUUUUUACAUACGACACGUCCAACCCAGAGUUACUUACCCUGGCAGCAGUGCGCCACCUGAUGGAGGGUAGCGUCACCACAGAGGAGCCUGCUACAGAUAUCAUCGUCACUGUUGUCUCCACGGUGGAUCAAGAUGUCGUCAACAUUGGACCACUGGCCACGGAUGUCAAACCACCAAGUACAGACAAGGGUGCUAAACCUGUGACCGGGCCAUUUGUCUACAAGUUCACACACUGGGCAAGGUCAGGAGAGAGGCUUGAGGCCAGUGCCAAGUCCAAGGAACUGUUGUUUAGUCCAAGCAAGGCAGAAGUUGUUGUUCAUGGAGAUACAUGUGUUGGAGAGGUGGUCAAGUUUACCGGAAAGCGAGGUGUUUUUAUUAACGGUCAGAUUAAACCAGCUCUGGCUGGGGUCAGUGUCACAGUCAUUGCUAUGGAUGAUUCUAUGGCUCCUAUUGCCAUAGAAACUGCUGAGUCAGGAAAAUUUAGUGUGGGACCCCUACACAGUGGUAAGGAAUACAGCGUGUCCGCUGAGAAGACUGGUUAUGUACUGGUCAAGGAGGAUGGACAGACUGCCUCCUUCAAGGCCUACAAACUCGGACAGGUAUCUGUGCAGGUUCUGGACGAAAAAGACCAGCCCCUGUCCAAUGUGCUGCUAUCACUGAGUGGGGAGAAGCAAUAUCGCAGUAACAACGUGACCAGUGACAAUGGUACCAUCAACUUCAUUGGACUGAGUCCUGGAGAGUACUUCCUGCGACCAAUGAUGAAAGAGUACAAGUUUGAUCCUUCCUCUCAAACUAUUGAGGUGAUGGAAGGUACAACAAAGAAAAUCACCAUCAAGGGGCUCCGCGUGGCUUAUAGUUGCUAUGGUUCAGUGACAUCCUUGAAUGGAGAACCAGAACAGGGAAUCAUUGUAGAGGCUGUAGGCACUGAUACAUGUGGGAUGUUCCAGGAGGAGAGUAAGACUGAGCCUGAUGGGUCAUACCGGAUACGGGGACUGCAGCCAAAUUGUACCUACAGCAUUCACCUGAAAAAUGAUGUUAACAGACACAUUGAGAGAGCUGCACCAAAAUCACAGGAGAUCACGGUGAAGGACAGUGACUUUAAUGAUGUGUCCAUCAUUGCGUUCCGUCGUGUGAACCAGAUGGACAUCAGUGGCAAUGUCAUCACACAGGAGGAGUACCUGCCCAGUCUUAAGGUAAAACUAUUCCGAGAUGAGACUCCUGAUUCACCGAUUCAUACUGUCAGUCUAGGCACGGUGACAUUCUUCUUUCUACCCUCCCUGUCGAUUGACAAUGAGCCAUACACCCUUAAGUUGGAGAGUUCCCUGUCCAAAGCCUCCUUUGACUUUACUCUUCCAGUUGUCCACUUUGUGGCCAAUACGUCAUAUCAACACCACAGUAUCAAAUUUAGCCCUAUUAGAAAAUCAUUUGAUCAAGAGUUCAUUCAAGGGACUUCACUCUUCCUUCCUUUCUCAUUACUUCUGGCAGCUGUAGUGUAUAAUUAUCAAAAAUUAUUUCCAUACUUAAUGCGUACAUGGUCCCAGGUCCAAUCUAUGCUGGCAGCUGGCCAGACUGAGACUUCAGUCUCAGGGGCGGGAGACGCAGGAUCUGGGUCAGACCUCCAAAUGAAGAAAAAGAUGAAAGCAAGAAAGACAUCAUGAUGAUAUUGAUUAUAGAUCUGAAACAUUCUAUCAAAUAAUUAUCUCCUUGGAUAUUUCUAUACAAUUUUGUCUACAGUGUAGUUUAUCUUGUUUUGAGAACAGAAAAAAUAUCUUCAACAGGCUUUAAAAUUGUGAAGAACAUGGAUGUUGAAAUCCUUUAUCUUUUAAAUUUGUAUAAAAAAUCAAAACACUUAAUAAAAAAAGUACACUCUUCUUUUAAAAUAAAAUAGGAUGUCCAUGUUUCCUGUCUUAAUCACAUCAGUAACAUAGUUAUUAUUUUGUAGAAAUCCUGACCUACUUGCUAACUAAUCACAUGGCCUCAAGGCCAUUUUAAACAUUCAGCUGAAUCACCUCUAUUUUCCUUUUGAAUUGAUACAGUUUUCUUCAAAUUGUUUUUUUCUGGAAUGGUAGGCUUACACAGCAAAAGUGGAAUAUAUCAGUAUAUAUUAAUUUAUACCUUAAUUGCUAGUAAAUGUUGUAAUUCUAUAAAAUAUUGACAACAGGACAUGAGGACAGUUUACCUGAUAUUUCUACAGUAAAUUAAAAAAAUUCUACAUUAUUUUUAAUGAGCUUUAACAACUGUAAUAACAAAAUAGAUCAAAUGACUACACAUUCUCUUUACAUUAUAUCAAUACCAUCUGUUAUGUCCCUCUGGUUCACUCUACGUCUCUUGAAUAACUCUCCCUCCUGGAACCUUGUGUCCUCUAUACCUUUCUCCAUCCCUACCCUUGUCCUGCCCCACCCCUUCCACCUAUGGAGAUAUCUACAAUAUCUUUCGAAAUAGUAGGCUAUUUAAUUUUUUUUUUUUGUUGCAUUCGUUACGUGUAACCUAAAACUUAAGAAAUAAAAUUAUUACCUCCCUUAAAGUACAAGUCAUUAACUGAACAAGAAUGCAGUCAUCACUGUCCAUGUUAAGUCUUUGAAAAAUCCUUAAAUUUAUCAUCAGCAUGUCCAAUUGUUAGAACAGAUAUAAAUGAGGUGUAUGUAGAAGAAGAAUGUGUUUUUAGUGAGAGAAUGAUAGUUAGUGUACAAGUGAAUGAUAGUUAGUGUACAAGUGCACAAUUCCAGUGAGGUACAGAGUAGAUUUACUGUAUUACAGAAUCAAUCAAGUGGAUUGUACACCACAACUCAGUAUGGAAGGAUAUAAAGUAAGGACUGUGUGUCUGUGUGUAAGUAAAUAUAGGAUCUCCUAAACAGAUUUUGUUUAUAUUGUUACCAUUUUAUUGAUGCAUCAUACAGCCUAAAAGAUUUGCUGGUCACCUAUCGAAGUUUAAAUGCUUAUAGGUCACAUUUGACUUCUUUGAGAGGUAACUUGUAAAGCUUGUUUUUAAUUUUUUUUUUUUUUCAAUUUCCAUGUUUUUACCACUAGCUUGAAGUAAAAACAAUUUUUCAAAAAAGUUAUUAAAUGACUUUUAUUUCCUCGAUUAUGUUCUUUUCAAGCUAUUUUUCACAAUUUUAAUUCUUUGAAAAUUACAUCAUUCACACUUCAUGCCCCAGCUCUCUUUGUUUGUAAUUUUGCAAUAGUUUGCUUCAUGGAAAAAAUUGCUUGGUAAUUUAUUGAUUCUGGUUAAAUAUCCAGGAUUUGUGGCCUGGAAGAUAUUUAAAUAUAUUAACCCUGUAAUAUAUUGAUAUAAUAAUACAUUAACUUAACCCUAACCUAUGGUAC